AUGGCUGGCCACGGGAAUGCGCUCACGCACAUUCGCGGCGCCGUCAUCCUGGCACCGUGGCUCAUCUUCCUCCUUCUCGCCGACCUAGCCCUCUCCCUGCAGCUCCCUUUCAAGAUCCUCUUCCCCAACCUGGUCUACAACUCGUCGUCCCGCAUCGCCGAGCCCGUCUGGUACUGGAUCCAAAUCAUCUUUGAGCGCUUCAACGGUGCCAAAAUCACCUUCUCCGGCGAUGCGCUGCCCGCCGGCGAGUCGGCCAUCGUCGUGGCCAACCAUUGCGCCUGGGCCGACUUUUACAUGAUACAGGCCCUCGCCGUCCGCGCCGGCAUGCUCAGCCGAUGCCGCUACUUCGCCAAGAUCCAGCUGCGCAUCGUGCCCUUCCUCGGCUGGGGCCUCUGGGCCAUGGGCAUGCCCAUGGUGAGCCGCAAUUGGGCCAAGGACAAGCAUGAGCUCGAUCGUGUCUUCGCCGGCAUCGUCCAGCGCCAGUGGCCGACGUGGCUCGUCAGCUUCAGCGAGGCGACGCGCUUCACCAAGAAAAAGUACGAGCAGUCCAUCGCCUGGUGCAAGGAGGCCGGCCGCCCGCAGCCCAAGCACCUCCUCUACCCGCGCACCAAGGGCUUCAUCACGACGGUGCAGCACCUGCGCCAGGCACCACACGUCAAGGCCGUGUACGACCUCACUAUCGCCUACCAGCACGGCGACGAGUGGCACGCCGAGCCGACCAUGUGGGACACCCUCAGCGUGCCCGGGCUGAGCGACCGCCUGGGCUACCGUUUCCACGUGCACGUACGGCGGUUCCCACUCGAGUCGCUGCCGGAGAAAGAUGAGGAUCUGGCCAAGUGGCUGGAGGAGCGGUGGGUUGAGAAGGGAGAGUGGCUCGAGGAGAAGAGGGUUGAGUGGGCAGCGACGGAGGCGUGA